AUGGCUAUUUCAUCUAUUUCAACUGCAUCUUCCUUUUUUACUUCCCCUAAUUUCUCCAUCAAUUUAAAGUCAUCGGCAAAAUCGAGUUCAAACUCUGUCAGGUUCGGAAGAGCUCCGAUUUCAGCUUCUUACGCCACUGCUGAGAAAACAGAGACAAUUAGAUCGUUCUGUAAUAAUACUCCUUCUUCACUGUACGAGGUGCUCGGAGUUCGAAUCGGAGCUGAUACACGGGAGGUGAAAGCGGCGUACAGGAGAUUAGCGAGAGUUUUGCAUCCGGAUGUCGGGAGUAGUGACUCGUCGGCAGAUGAGUUCAUGAAAGUGCACUCAGCUUAUGCUACACUUGCAGAUCCGGUGAAACGAGCGGAUUACGAUCGGACUCUGGUUCAGAGGCGGGCGGGGGGUUCUUCUCCGGUGAGAUUUUCCGGUGGUUACCAGAGUCGGAGAUGGGAGACUGACCAAUGUUGGUAG